AUGACCGAGCCAACAGCCACCCUUCCUAGGAGAGUGCCGCAGUCUGCACUGCCCCCCUACGACGACCCUGCUGUACCCGAAGGCCUAACAAUGCAAGCCGACGAGACCACCAGGACAUGUGGGCAGCAUAUCGGAAGCAAGCAGCAAUCAGAAACCCCAUAUCCCCACCAUCCAAACCUCUCGCUCACCAUCGCCACCGCUGCAGCCGCCGAGUUGAGCACAACCGACAAUAGCAACGGCAACAGCUGCGGCGGAGGCGCCCAGGCGGACGCUGCUGGUGCCGUGGCUGCCCGCGACCCAUUGUGCGUGUUCACGUGCAACUACUGCCAGUGCAAGUUCUUCAGCUCGCAGGCGUUGGGCGGGCACCAGAAUGUGCACCGGCGGGAGCGCACGAUGGCUCGACGCUACACCGAUGUGGUGUCCCUACCGCUGUACGGCUCUGGCCUGUACACCAUCGGCAUCCAGGCGCACGCGUCGUCGGCGGCACGCCUACACCCUGAGCAGCAGCACUGGCACGAUGCCGCCGCCGCCACGCGCGCCGACGAGUUGAAGCCAGCACGGUGGUUGCUGAGCCCGAUGCCGUUCUUCGUGGGCGAUGACGAGGUGAGCUUCGGCUGGCCCGGCAGCUUCAGGCCGACCGCGCCCGCCGCGCCGGUGGGGGGCGUGGCCCUCAACUCGCCUGGCGCCGGCGCCGUGCUUGCCGGCGAGGAGCCCGAUCUCACGCUAUAG